UCCUCACAAAUACACGCGCACAUAGUCAAUUAUAAUAUACAACCUCCGUGCAGGACAGGCUAAACGAACGCAUACCUGUGCCAGAUUUAAACGUGAAUAAAAAAAUAAAUUAAAAAAAUAAAGUCAUAAAUAAUUUUCCCGCGGAAUGCAGUGAGGUGCGCGUCGUGUGUCGAGUGUAUUUAAUUGUCGCGACGAAUUAUUAUAAUUUAAUUGUUAUACGAUACUUACUGUUAAUUAUUAUUAAAUAAUAUUGUUAUUAUAUGUCGCGAGUGUGCCCCGCGACCGCGUGUGACACUGUGGGAUAAUAUCGUGACCUCUGCUCGCGGGACAACAUGAUAUCGCGUCGGAGAGCGGUGCUGGCACUGCUAGUGUGUCUGGCGGCAGCUCGCGGCGCCGAGCAGGAGGCGGCCGGCGACGGACUGGUGCAGACUGAGGCGGAGACAGACCUCGUCGCGGAGGCCACGCAGACAGGUCCGGCCCAGAAGCGCGAGGCAGUCCUAUCGAACUCGUACGGCGAGCCGCUGCCGGCCGACGCGUACGGACCGCCGGUACAUAUACCCGACACUGUUCCAGAUCUCCCGCAAGGCUCCCCGGCGCCAGUGUACGGAGUCCCCGACGUGGUAGUGUUCCCCCCUUCAGGCCCCUCCCCUCCACCUCAGCCCGCCGGCACCUACGGCCCCCCUGCACCCGUGUCAUUCCCCAGCCAAGUAUACCACGGGCCCCCACCGCCAGUGCAGAGACCUAAACCAGUAUACGGGCCUCCGAAACCUGUAUAUGGGCCCCCGAAACCUGUUUACGGACCUCCAAAACCUGUGUACGGGCCCCCAAAGUUCAACCCACCUAAGAAGACUUACGGCCCACCUAAGUUGAGCCUGCCUAAGCCUACAUAUGGAGUGCCGUUCAAGCCGCCGAAGAUUACGUUGCACAAGCCGCUGUUCUCUGCGCCCAAACCAGUAUACGGACCUCCUAAACCAGUGUAUGGGCCCCCUAAACCUGUAUACGGGCCCCCACCAGUCCGCGACACCCCUGCAUUGCCUUUACCCGAGCUCCCUCAGGUCUCCCUCCCUCCUAUAAACAGCAACAACCUGGACCUGGGUCUUAAUCUCCCCGCACCAAUCUACGGAACUCCGCUACUCUCCCUUCCAGUAGACCUGAAGCCUAACUUCCCUCUCCCGACCGACACGUACGGUCCUCCCGGUCACUCCUUGGGUCCCAACGACCAGUUAUUACUACAGAAUAUUGGUAGUGUAGGUCAUUACGGACCUCCCCAGCCGGACCCGAACCCACGACCUCCCCACCCUGGCGUCCCUGCUCCUCCCACUCCUCCUCACGUGUUGUAUGAUGGAUGGAAACCAAUCCCUGGAGUAUCUCUACCAAACGGCCCCGCCGGACACAUCGCCCAGCAAUACGGACCACCAGUACAAGACCUGCAUAUCAACUUAGAACAGAAUCUACCGAGCCCUGACUUUCAUCACCAGUUCUCUUCCACCCACCAACAGCAAGGCGCUGUGAUUUCAUCAGGGUACUCGAACGUACAUCAAGAUGCUUUAGCCAACAUCGACCUACACGCUAUUUUAGGCGGAGAGACCAAUCACAUAGCUCCUUCAGACACAGUAUUCGAGGCGCACUAUACAGAGGGAGACUCGGCGAGGCAGCACGGAGGUAAGGGACUAGUCGCGCCGUCAGGUCAGUACGGAGUGCCGCCCGGCGGCCAGUACGGAGCGCCGCCGCCCGUCCCCGGGCUGCCGCUGGGCUACGGGCAGCAGUCGGGCGGCGGGCACGCGGGCGGCGCGGCGCCGCGCGCGCCCCCCCGCGCCGUGUUCCAGCACAUCGCCGCCACCACCGCACACAACGACGCGCACGGCACGCAGCUGGCCGUGCCCGGCGCGCACUACCUGCCCCCCCCCAUCGCGCACAGCGUGGCGCUGUCCAUCGAGCCCGGCCGCAUAUACAGCGUGCCCGCCUCGUACGGCUCCCCGGUGGACUCGUACAGCGCGCCGCUCCUGACGGUGGCCGGGGACCACGUCACGUCGGGCUCCAGCACCGACGCCGUCACGUCCACCGUCGACGGAACCGUGCUGGCCAACCUGUCCGCGCUGUCCAACUUGGACGCGGCCGCCAUAUUGAAGCACUGUCCCUACCACGAGGCCAUACUGAAGGCUGCCCAGUCUGGCAACACUAUACCGCACGAGCUGGCAACGAGCUACGUGAACAGUCUCAGUAGUCUCGGCUCCACCCUGAGCGAGCACAGCAAGAGAGAGAACAAAGACACGUUCAACGUACACAAGAGCAAGUCUAUCAAGGAGAAACACACGCGCGCCGAGCAACUACAACAAGUCAGCAAACAGAUACAGGAGACUCAGGACAGGAUCCGAACCCUGAACCAACAGGCGCAGCAACUGCACCAGAAGAUCACCUCCACCGGACAGUCCAUCGGGUCUGACAUACCCCAGAGUGCUUCAGGAGCUUCGUACUCCGUGCAGAUACAACCUUCAAACGGCGGCAAGCCGUCCGUGCCUCACGAGCAACUAUUGUCUGAAGGGUUACUGCAGAGUAUACUGCAAGCCAUCGACGACCCCAGCAAGGCGCCGCAACUUGCGCAACAACAACAACAAGCUGCGCAACAACAAAUUGUUCAACAACAAAUUGCUCAACAGAACAUAGUGCAACAACAAAGACAGCAGCAAAAUGUUGCACAGCAGCAAAUACAACAACAAAAUGUUGUACAGCAAAAUGUCGCGCAGCAUAAUAUCGCGCAACAAAAUGUCGCGCAGCCUCCUCAGUUGUCUCAGCAACAAAGUCUGCCUUUACUACACUCCGCUCACUCGUUCAACUCCAACACUCGCGCUGAGUCAUUCACGGACGGCAUCGUGCUCCCGGCGGGAUACGAACCUGUAGACCGGUCACACGACCAGCAGACACAGGCCACUGAGCAGCACUCAGUCAGCGACUGCGACCUGAAGGCGGCCGCCUCCACGCGCACCGAGACCGUAGUACCACCGCCAGCGCCCACUGUACAGGCAGUCAGUCGGGGAGAUAUACCCAGCGACACGGACAGCGCCAGUGCAGCCAGCGAGGACAAUGAGGUCGCUCUGUACUUCGGAGACAAUGCAGCGCCAGUCACUGAGAUCUCAGUCGCCACCAGCAUCAGUGGAGACACGCACUGAGUGAUCAUACACAGCCCGGCCAGUAGUGUGUGUACCGAGACAAGUCGUUCAGUAUGAAGUAAGGAAACAAAGACUGCUUCAGUACAGAGACAGUAGCUGUCGUUAUAGUACAUUGUACGCUUUGUAACGAAGCCAUGUCUUCUGUAACUCGGUCGGCUCUAGACAACCAAUGGCUACUGUCUCUGUACUGAACCAAUCUUUGUUUCCUUGCCUGCAUACUGAAUGACUUGUCUGUAUAUGUGUGUGUGUGUGUGUGUGUGUGUGCGCUAGUCGUCGAGCCAUCGUGUACAAUAUAUCGUUCUACAACGUGUGUCAUAGACUCUAUACCGCCGGGGACACUGAUGACGUCAUUUAAUGUUCUGUAUGAGCACACCGUCUCUCGUGUGCCCGGUAUGAGACACCCGCGGGCACGAGUCACUGCCCGCGUGUGUCGCUAUUAUAUAAUGUAUAAUAAUUUAUAUAUAACUCGUAUAAUUAUAAUGUACUUACCGUAUAAGUCAGUAUUGACGUAAAAAUAAAUUAUUUCAUUUAAUUAGAUUUAAUUAUGGAGCAUACUAUCGCGCUAUGUAUCUAUGUGAAAUGUACAGAGUUGACAUAAAUUAAUACAAAUAGUGUUUACACCACUGUCUAAGCACUGUACUCGUGAACAGCUGGACGGGUUUUCAUAAGAUUAGAUUUAUUGAAUUCGCCACCGUCUUAUAUAGCAGACAAACUAUUGAAGCCAACAACCCAAUGACAAAAUGUCAAUAUUUUUCAUACAUCUUCUAUUGGACAAUACAAUAAAAUAAAAUAGAAUAGUCCGUCAGAGCUCGUUCCAAAGUCUAGAUUCGAAUGUAAAAGAACGAGCUACAAACUCAAACAUUCCUCUUUUUAUCUCAAUCUAUAUCUGAACUGAAUGUCACCUCAAUCCGUCCAGUAGUUCCAGAGCUACAAUGUCUGAUUGUAGACACACAGAUGUGUCCAUCACUCGAUACAAAGCAGCGCGGCGCUGAACUACAAGUUACAUUUAUGUUCAAUUAUAAUAAAUGUCUCAACUUUGUGUUCGUAAAUAUAUUACUGGGUGGAAGUAUUCAUAUCAUGUCAAAACUGAACGGAACUGUUUUCAUCAAAGUCAAAGUCAAAACGGAACUGUUUUGAAGUCAAAAGACAGUCCACUGCUGGACUAUGAGCCUCGUGUACAUAAGAGAGGUGUAUCUCCAAUCUCCACGCUUGGUAAAUGAGUUGGAGAUCGCAGUACAAAAGGUUCAGGUCUAUCAGAGAGCGCUGCUUUGAUGAUAUUAAAAAUUGGUUUCUAAUACAUUAUUAUGGAUAUUGUGUAUAAUGUGUGUACUGAGUGUG